CAAAUGACUUAAAUAAUUUUUCAAAAAUCUCUGGAUUGGUACCAAACUACAAAAAAUGCCAAAUUCUAAGAAUAGGAACUUUAAGGAAUACUAACUUUACCUUGCCAUGUAAUCUCCCUAUAAUAUGGACAAAUGGACCGGUAAAAAUGCUCGGAGUUGGGAUCACCGGAGACAUAAAUAAACUUACAGACAAUUAUCAAGAUAGAUUAACUAAAGUUGACAGAACUCUCCAACCUUGGAGAAUGUUACCCAUGACACUUUAUGGCAAGAUUACCCUCAUUAAUACACUUGUGGUCUCACAAUUUACCCACUUAUUUUUGUCUUUACCUUCCCCCGGAAAAACUUUUUUCCAAACAUAUGAGCAAAAAAUUUUUAAAUUCAUAUGGAAUGGUAAACCUGAAAAAAUUAAACGUAAAAUCCUUUACAAUACAUAUGACAAUGGAGGUUUAGGAUUAAUACAUCUACCUUCUUUUGACCUUACCCGUAAGGCUUCAUGGGUUCCAAGAAUAUUCUUCCAGCAAGAUUCAAGUCGCAAAUCUUUCUUAUGUACAUCGUCCGUAAUAUUUAGUAGAUAUUUGUAUCCGUUCUUACAACUGUCCUUGGGGAAGGAUAUCGCAACAAAGAUAUCCACUGAUCAAAUGAAUAAUGUUUUUAUUAGAUUACUUGUCUCUCCUAAUCCCUUUUUCAAAGAUGUUUUGAAAGCAUGGCUUUCUUUCCAAUUUAAACCUCCUGAAACUUUGAAAGAGAUACAAGCACAACUCUUAUGGUGCAACUCAAGUAUCGUAAUCGAAAAUACGCCUAUUAUAUGGGAAAAACCUCUUAAACAUGGAAUUUAUUACAUUAAUGACCUUUUGGAUACAAAUGGACGCUUUUUAUCUUACAAUGGCCUUCUUGCUAAAUUCGGUACAGCAUUUGAUAAGCUAGAGUACAAUCAGAUAUUAUCUGCAAUACCGCGAAACUGGAAAAAAAAGCUUUUAGACAACACACCAGUAAUAGGCCCUAUCUUACCUCAUACAGCAAAUUACGUAUGGCUGAAGGCA